AUGUCAGGUCUUGCGCCCUCCAAUGUGGUCAUUAUCCACCCUGACCUGGGCAUCGGUGGUGCCGAGCGACUGAUCAUUGAUGUAGCUCUAGCCCUGCAGAACCGCGGUCACCGCGUGACGAUCUAUACCUCCCACCGCGACAAGUCCCACUGCUUCGAUGAAGCCCGCGAUGGCACAUUGGAUGUCCGUGUCCGGGGAAACACUAUUUUCCCUGCCCAUGUCUUUGGUCGACUCCAUAUUCUCAUGGCUGCUCUGCGCCAGCUCCAUUUGACCGUGUCCCUCCUAUCAGAGCUACGAUCGAGAGAGAGUGGUACAUCAGCGGAGAAGGACCAGAAAUCCACGGAUGAUAAUGCGGGCCAAGAUGAUAUCUUCAUUGUCGACCAGCUUCCAGCCUGUGUCCCCUUCCUCAAGACCUUCGGCCAACCGCGAAAAUCCUACCGUCAACGAAUCCUGUUCUACUGCCAUUUCCCGGAUCAAUUGCUUGCUCGCCGCGACGAGGGUGGCUCCCUACUUCGACUCGCGAAGCAACUAUAUCGUUUUCCGUUUGAUUGGUUUGAGGGAUGGGCAUUGAGUGCAUCCGAUCGAGUUGUCGCCAACUCGAAAUUCUCGCGCGGAGUCGUACGACAAGUGUUUGGAUCAGACAAAUUGGGUGAUGUGGAGGUGGUCUACCCUUGUGUAGAUACCGAUGCGAAAUCCGAAGUUCCAGAAUUUGCAUCCUCGGGGACUCUUUGGGGUGGAAAGAAAAUUCUAUUGAGUAUCAAUCGCUUCGAGAGGAAGAAGGAUAUGGCUCUCGCCAUCCGUGCGUACAAUGGACUGGGCGGGGACAAGCGCAGAGGAACUCGAUUGGUGAUCGCUGGCGGUUACGAUAAUCGUGUUCAGGAAAAUGUCCAAUAUCACCAGGAGCUUGAUACACUGGCAACAGGUCUUGGCCUGAGGACAGCCACUGCUAAGACAGUAGUAUCUGCACUGUCAGUUCCUGGGGACAUUGAUGUACUGUUCUUACUCUCUGUUCCUAAGACACUCAAGGAUAUGCUUCUGGCCCAAUCCAAGCUGCUCCUAUACACCCCCAUAAAUGAGCAUUUUGGGAUUGUCCCUGUUGAGGCUAUGCAUGCUGGAUUGCCUGUUCUAGCCUCAAAUACUGGCGGUCCAUUGGAAACAAUUGUUGAAGGCGAAACGGGCUGGCUCCGGGACGCACGUGCCGACGAUGAGUGGACGGCUGUCAUGGACAAAGUUCUAUAUGGUCUUACUUCACAAGAGGUUGCAAAGAUGGCUUUAGCUGGGAAACAAAGAGCUCAGCAUGAAUUCUCAUUGACAGCUAUGGGUGAUAGAUUGGAAGCUGAGAUCUCCACCAUGCUCAAAGCUGAGCGUCGGCCGUUUGAUGGAUGGAUGCAGGUUUUCGUUGGACUUGCCCUUGUUCUUGCACUGCUUGGGAAUAUCGCUAUUUUCGUCUUUCAAUUAGUGUAG